GACUGGCAAGUGCAGUUCCAAAACUUGCUCAGUUCGGACUUGGGAACGUUUGUUAGCCUACUUGCCUUUUGAAGCGUGUUUCCGCCAAAACAGUCCAGAAUGCUGUAAUCAUUCUGAUGAAUGAGAACACACAGCCACACCGAAGCAGAGCCCUGCACCCAUUCUAAGAUGGAGGAACUGGCUGUGUUGGACUUGUUGGAGUGCCCCCAGUGAUUGGAGCGCCUGGACGUUUCAGCCAAGGUCCUGCCCAGCCAACACACCUUCUGGAAGCCCAGCCUGCAGCACCAGGAGACCUCCAGGCCCGGGUCCAAGAUCGAGCUCCGCUGCCCGGAGUGUCGUACCCCGGUCCAGGCCAGGUCGGUGGAGGAGCUGCCCCCUAACCUCCUUCUGGUUCGGCUCCUGAAGGGGCUCAAGCAGGGGCCCAUGGGGCCAGUGCGGGAAUGGAACAGACCUUCUGCCCGAUAUAUGAUAUCCUCUGCCGGGGAGAAUGGUCUACCCAGGGGCAGGGAGGCCCAGCAGCAGCAUCAGAAACAACAACAGAACCCACAGUCUGAUCAGCAGCACAGAGAGAGGCAGCCUGGACAGAAUGAGGUCAUUGCCAGAGCCCUGUACAACCACAGAGGGAACGUCCCAGGAGUGAUUGACAUGGCGUCUGGUGACAUCAUCGUUCUGACACAGAAGGUGGAUGAGAACUGGUAUUAUGGAGACACGAACAGCAGUAGUGGGCUGGUCGCUGCUAACAUGAUACAGAUUAUCCACCAGCAGCAUCAGACUCCACCACAGUCUCCAUCCCAAUCUCAAUCUCAGUCCCAACCCAAAACCCAACAGCAGGCUGAAUCCCAACCCAAAUCCCAACAGCAGGCUGAAUCCCAACCCAAAUCCCAACAGCAGGCUGAAUCCCAACCCAAAUCCCAACAGCAGGCUGAAUCCCAACCCAAAUCCCAACAGCAGGCUGAAUCCCAACCCAAAUCCCAACAGCAGGCUGAAUCCCAACCCAAAUCCCAAUUCCAAAAACAGUCCCAAUCCCAGACCCAGCCACAUUUCCAGUCUCAGCCUUUAGCCCUCUGCAAAGCCCUGUACGACUUUGACUCCAAACAGAUGGACGUGGAGAACUGCAAGGACUGCCUCACCUUCCACAAGGGAGACGUCCUCACGGUCAUCAGACGAGCGGAUGAAAACUGGAUUGAAGGAAAGCUGGGAGACAAAGUUGGCAUUUUUCCUCUCCAGUUCACUGAGCCAAACACGGCGGCAGCAGCCAAGCUUCUGGAGGGAAAGAUCUGGAAGGGGAGUGACUCUUCGGCUGAAUCUCGCCCAGGGAUCGGGAGUGGGAGUGGGGUUAGCAACAGCGGGACCGGUGACUCAACAAACCCCAACCGGUCAACCUGCUUCGGGGCGACCCAGAGCCCCACGAAGACCCCCAAUAUUUCUGCUCUCAACCCCCCCACCACCACCCAGGGGAUACAGCAACAAGCUAGCAGCAGCACCCUGUACAAGUCGAACCAGACACAACCUUCUAAUAUCAAUGGUCUGUACCAAUCAACCCAGGCACAACAACUUGCUAAUAUCAACAGUGUGUACCAGCCGACCCAGGGGCAGCCACCCAGCGUGAGUGCCCUCAACAGCCUGAACCAUCAGGGUCAACAGAGCCAGCUGUCCCACCCCUCCGCCCCCCCUCCCAACCACAGCUCCUCUCACCGCUCAGGCUCAGGUGUGACCUCACAGCGCGUGAAGCGAAGCUCAGAGAGAACUGGCAGACACCUGUCACAACAGGCUGUGAGGAAGAUGAGUAGUGGUGAAACUCCUCCCACCAUCACCAUGGCUCUGAUCAACCCCCAGACCCCCUCAGCCUCUGCUGACACCAAACAGUCCUCCACUCAGCAGCUUUCCAUCAGUGUGUGUGCUGCUCUGUACUCCUACAAGCCCUGUCGUUCUGAGGAACUGGAGCUGAGGAAGGGGGAGAUGGUGGGGGUGUAUGGGAAGUUUAAGGAGGGCUGGCUCCGAGGCCUCUCUCUACGGACGGGCAAAGUGGGAAUCCUGCCCGGCAACUACGUCACACCUGUCCUCAGAACCUCUGCCACGCUCUUGGAGUCCAAGCCAGUGAUGGCAGGCCUUGGUACAGUCCCUGGAAAAAGAACCUCCUCGUCCUCCAAGACCCCAGCGGUGGUCCUAGCUCUCCACAGGGUCAACUCUGAUGAAACUAGCUACUCUACUGGACAACGGGUUCCACAGCAGUCCGCAUCCAUGGCCACGCAGCCUGUGAUGUCAUCAGGCGGCGCCGCGAGACAGUCCCACGGGGUGGGCUCGGAGGGAUGGGACACAGUGAGGAAGGUCUUCCAUCGUUCACACAGAGGCUCAUCUCAGCGGGGAAACCACAACCCCCACACCACCAUCUCCUCCAGCUCAGCCUUUCAAUCCCAGACCCAGACCCACAGUCAGAGCUCAUCCCAGAACUCAUCCCAGCGCUGUAACCACUACCCCCACACCACCAGUGCCACCUCAGGCGUUCAGCCCCAUUCUCAGUCCCAUUCUCACAGCCAGAACUUUAGCCACAUCCAGGCCCCUGGCUAUUCCCCUGCUCUGCUCAGGAAGAAACAACACAUUAGCAUCCUUCCCAAUCACAACAGAUCUCUGGCUUGGAUGUCUGAGGGACCGGCGCCCUCUAGUGGUGGUUCUAUGAAGGACAGAGACACCGCUGCCAGAGAGGCAUUUGAUAGGCAGGUGUUGGAGACAAGGCAAGCAGCAUCAAAUGGUCAGCACUCCAUCCACUCCAUCCUAGUGAGACCAGACGCCCUCAAGGACAACACAGAGAAGCCCACCAAGUCAGUGCGGUUCCUGACCCAGCCUGAUUCCCCUCCACCACAGCCCAGGAUCACCUCCCUGCCCUCGGGUAGCCAGCCCCCCUCCAGUGCCCGCCCUGGUCCCCCUCCCCUGGAGGUCUGGGCUCCAUCACUCACCCUGGGGCGAGACGGGCCUGGGAUCAUACUGAAAGAAGGCAAGGCUCCUGUUCUUAGGAAAGGUCUGGAGACAAACCCCUCAGAUGUUCUGACUUCCAAUCAGAAACCUACAUCAUCUUCAUCAUCAUCAUCAUCAGCACCAUCAGCAUCAAUACAGUCCAGCAGCCCUACCAGACACAGAGUAGCGACGUCCUACCAGGCCCAGAUGGAGUCAGAGAUGAGCCUGAUGCAGGGUGAGCCUGUCCUGCUCCACAGACAUCGGCCCGACGGACGGGUUCUUCUCACCCAGGAGAGCAGUGGCCACACAGGCCUCUUCCAUAGCAGUGUUCUUCAGUUCUUAGACCGGUUCAGCUGACUGCCUGUAGUGUUUAGUUAUUAUUAUAUUAUUACGUGUGUUUUUCCACAUAGAAAUAGAAUGACUAGAAUGGGAAAGCUCCCUAGACGCGACAAUUUUGAUAGUACGCUCAUGGGUACACUCAAUAUGGCCGCCGCCACACCCCAUCAUGUAACGUUGACUUGAAAAGGAAUGUCCAUUCUAGCUGUUCUAUUUCUAUGGAUCUCCAUGUGUUGACACUGCCAAAUGAGAUGCCCAAUCUGUGUGUGUGUGUGUACUUUAUCUGUGUGUUGAAAAUAAUAGAUUAUUAUACUGCCAUAUAAUGACCAAAUACAAAGGAUACACUAUAUAUAAAGUAUGUGGACACCCCUUCAAAUUAGUGGAUUUGGCUAUUUCAGCCACACCCAUGCUGACAGGUGUA